AUGGCGUUGUCACAGAGAGCUCAACCAGAAUUGGGCACCAAAAGUGUUUUUGAAGAAGGAGAUAUCAAAUGGAGGCAAUUCAACGUGGACACAUCCACCACUUCCUCACCCCCAAAACCAUUGCUGGUCUUUACGCCCACCGUGACUGGCGCAUACUAUGUAAUAAUGUUCUGCCAUGGCUUCUGCAUUCGCAAUAGCUUCUAUUCAAAGCUCCUAGGCCACUUAGCCUCACAUGGAUUCAUAGUUGUUGCACCUCAACUGUUUGGCAAUGGCUUGCCUUUGUCUGGACCAAAUGAGGUUGAAUUUGCAGGAAAAGUUGUGGAUUGGAUAGCCAAGGAACUUCAACCUCUGCUUCCUGAGCAUGUUCAAGCCAAAUUGAAGAACCUUGUUCUAGUUGGCCACAGUAAAGGUGGAAAAACUGCAUUUGCUGUGGCACUUGGUUAUGCUAAAACUAAGCUCAAUUUUUCAGCACUUGUAGGCAUAGACCCUGUAGCUGGCUUAUCUAAGUGUAAGAUUUGUAGAACAUUUCCUCAUAUUCUAACGGGUGUGCCUGAAUCCUUCAAUUUAAACAUACCCGUAGCUGUAAUUGGCACUGGAUUAGGCCCAGAGAAGCCCAAUUGUUGUGCUCCACCUUGUGCUCCUCAUGGGGUGAACCAUGAUGAGUUUUUCAAUGAAUGCAAACCCCCUUGUGUACAUUUUGUUGCAAAGGACUAUGGUCACAUGGACAUGUUAGAUGAUGAAACACCUGGGCUGGUUGGUACUAUUUUGUCAAAGUGUAUGUGUAAGAAUGGGACUGGUCCUAAGGACUUAAUGAGAAGGACAGUGGGUGGGUUAAUUGUUGCCUUCUUGAAGGGUCACUUUAAUGCUCAGUGGAAAGAUCUUGAUGCCAUUUUAGCGGAUCCUGAACUUGCACCUGCCAAGCUUGAUCUUCCAGUUGUAAAGUAA